AUGAGUUGUCUGCAGGAGAAUGUAAGUGCUCAUGUCGCAGUUGAAAUUAUGCUCAUUAAAGGCCAACUACUUUGAGCGAUGGGUCACUAAGCACGGUCUUAAUUUCGGGCAGUGUAACUGAUACAUACGUAGGGCUAAAUGACGACUGCAAUAUUCCUUGACCUCUCCAUUCCCUAGUGUCACAUCUCCACAUAACCGCGUCCCAUCUUGUUUACCUAACCGAAUUCCGCAAACCCAAUUACUCCAUAGUGCAUUAGCCUAAACUAAUUUUGGCUAAGCACUUGAAAUAAAGACAACAAGGAGCGUAUAAAUAGAGCGCAGAUUCCAUUUCUGGAUGCAUGUAUUUGCAAUUGCCUUAUUUUAGAAACAAAGAUUGUGCAGUAAAAUGCAAGAUGCGCUCGCGAAUCUAAUUGUAGGUUGUACGAUGAGGGAAGAGGGUGCUAAGUCUAUAUACUUUGAGAUGACUUAAUUGUAGUGUCCAUUUAGGCGGAGCGACUGUUUGCAAUAUGUGACACGGACGAUAAGGGGUUCAUUGUAAGGGCGGAUCUGCCCAAACUCGACGGUCUCAUCGCCAACGUUACAUUCAGCCAUUUGGAGGAGUUCUUCAACGCCAACGACACGACGAGGACAAGUAUUGUGGCAAGGGAAGACUUUAUUCGGGGAAUCAGUAAGUUGGGACUAUUUUAAUAUUCAUGUUAAACUUUAAUCAAUUUUUUCUAUGAUGUCGUGUUAUUUAUAUCUUGAAUCAAGUACUUAUGCCUUCAGAACCCCUUCUAAUCAACAGUCGUCGGGAUAUUACUCAAGAAGAUCUGAUCCGCCCUCGAAAACACCUAGUCGACCUCCCCCCAGAGAACUUUCGAACCAUUUGCCUCGAAUCUGAUCCAGUCCAGAAGAAAUUCUCCCCGGACAAAACGCGCAGCAAAUUGAGUAUUGCCAUCAGCACGCCCACGGACAAUCAAAGCUCUUCUCGAGGUCUGGCCAAGAGUUCGAUCACCCCAAGUGUUUCGGCCUCUUCAUUCACUCCCUACGUCCACAUCCAGGAGAGCAAACGACCGCAGAGUGCGACCGAAUACAACGACGACACUCCGGAGGGGAGGAAUCAGCUGGAGGUGGGGAUUUUGAGUGAUUUCGUUUUCUUCUUAGGCUCGGACUUUAUCGAUGAGAUUUUUGGCCAAAAAAAAUGUGUGUGACGACUGCGGUUGAUGCGUGAAUUUCUGGUUAAGAGAGCUGCUUAUGGGGUUUUCACAAAAAUAAUUAACAGGAGUAGUUCUCGGAGUGCUCAUAUUUUAGUGAAAUUUGUCUCACAUUUACAAUAAAUUUUCAAGAGGCUGUGUGAAAUUCAUGGCUCGCACUUUGCAGAAAAAAUAAUAUUUUUAUCCCAAAAAUUAUCAAAAAAAUUUUGCAACUUUAAAAAAUUUUUUGCAAGGAAAACUUUGCCCUUUUAUCCUGUGAAACCUCCCUUGUGAGUGGCCUAUUUACCUGUACACUUCCCCCAAUUAAUAAAACUCAUCGAUAUCACCCCAGCCUUGCUCUCCCCCCUUCCUUUCCCUCGACUAAUAGCCCUCUACUUUUAGUUCACCGAAGUGCUGCGCCGCUCAUCGCACAGCAAUCCGGACGUUGUGGGACGGACGACGCUGGCAGAUGUAAGGCUUAACACUGCUGUUUGUUUCCCUCGCUUCCGCUCUUUUGUUGCUUCCUCUUUCUUGACGCUCUAAUGCCACGACCUAACCAUCUUCAAUUGAAGGAACUCCGGACGCCCGAUCGCAUCUACAAGGUGGUCUUCGUCGGGGAUUCGGCCGUUGGCAAGACCUGCUUUCUGCAUCGGUGAGUUGUAGUUUUUUUCUUUAUAGAUUUACAUUGAACAUGAUGAGUUAUGAGGAAUCCCAUUUCAGCUUCUGUCACAACCGUUUUAAGCCUUUGUUCAACGCCACAAUCGGAGUUGAUUUCACGGUGAAAAGCAUCAAAGUCAACGACCGAGUGGUCGCAGUGCAACUUUGGGACACUGCUGGCCAAGAGCGGUAAGAAAUCCAGAGUGAUCUCAGCUUCUUCCAGCUAUCGUUAUAAAAUUAUCUCCCCGCUUCAAGACAUAAUACAAAGGUUUAACUUGAUUUCAGUUACAGAUUCCGCAGCAUCACCAAACAGUACUUCCGAAAAGCGGACGCCGUCGUUCUUCUGUAUGACAUCACCUCGGAACAGUCUUUUCUCAACGUGCGGAGUUGGAUCAGCUCCGUUCAGAAUGGAGUGGAUGAGGAGUGUGCGAUGAUUUUAGUGGGAAACAAGGUUGAUCUCUGUCCGAACGAAGAAACUCGAGCUGUUAGUUACAAAGAAGCAAAGGCUGUAGCCAAUGUAGGUUGAGGAGUUUAUUGGACGGACUAAUCAUGGUUUUAAUUUCAGGAAUUCAACAUGGUUUACUUCGAAACGAGCGCUUAUACUGGCCUUGGAAUUAAUGAGUGUAUGAGGGCCGUGGCGGUGUAAGUUCAUUCUUUAGUAUGUAUACAGUGGAGCCUGUGCAAAAAACUUCCAUAUAACAAAUCCUGUCUAAAACAAAUAAUGUCAGAGAUCCCACAAGUCAAUUUUAGGGAAAAACGAACCUCAGCAAAACCUAUAACGUUGAAUUUUUGGGGCCGUGUAAUUCGUGAUACGGAGUUUUGAUUGUAUUAUAUAAGCUUUCAUCACCUUCACAAAUCAUCUUACUCCCAUGAAACUUUAGAAAACUCCUCCAAAGGGACGAAGAAAAUCUGGAGGAGUCGCUUCGCCUGGAAAUCGAGGAAGACUCUCCCAAAUCGAGUUGGUGUUGUGUCUAA